AUGCUUGGUAGAAGAUUAGCGGGAGCUAAACCGCAAAGUGGUGCUUUAUUUAAGCGAUUUGUGGUUAUACCAGCUAGCAGUAAGGCUAGACGCCGGAGAAGAGAUGUCGGAGGCAUCCGCAAAAACGUGUCGGUCGAGGAAUUAGAGCUAGACAAGGCUUUGGACUUGAGAGACCCUAAAGAACUUGAGUUCAAACUUCGACAAUUGCGCGAGUUCACCAAGAAUCUAGCAACGCAGAUUCGCGUAGCCGAUGACUUGGUGAAGAAAGAGGCCGCACAGAAGGAGCUCGGCAAUAAGUCAAAAGAAGAAGACACAGCUGAUGCUGCGAGCGUCAUCCUGGGCACUCAUAACCACCACGACAGGUAUCAGCGGCGGUCACUACUACAAGGAGAAGACCUCUCAUCGAUAAUCUUGAGUGUUUCACACCAAGUCAAAAAACUGUUGCCUGAGGCAAUAUUGAAACGGAUUAAUGAUGACGAACUAGUUCUAAGGUCACUUAUAAAUCACCGGAAUAGUGACUGGAAUGCUAUUAUUUCCAAACUCGACCAAAGUCCAGAGAAACUGGAUGGCGUCAGCCAGCGUGCUUUAAAAAAUUACAUCCUUUCGAAGGCCAAAAAUCUUUCUUUAGGGAGCAUACGAAAGGCCGACGCGAUGUUGCUGUCCAACAUCAACCACGACCUUACAAAAUUUAACACGAGCAUGUAUGAAUUUCUGUUCUACAACCUUUCCAACCUCAAGCCAUCCCAGGAUCCAAGCUCGAAAUACAACAACGAGGUCUAUACCGUAAUGGAAUCACUUCUUGAUCGGUACGAUGAAGCGCAGAAGGUAAUAGCUGGCAAAAAUGUUGCCAUUGAGGCUCAAGAGGGCAUCAUGCCAAAGGUUGAAAUGAACCAGUUUAUUUUGAACUGUUGCAUCAAAUUCGCUUCGAAGCUCUUGGACGUUUCUAAAAUGAAUCGUUUCCUAACGAAGUUCAACCGCGACUACCACAUCCUCCCCAACAAGGAAAACUACACUGUAAUUGCCCAGUUUUAUACCAAGCUAGGCCUCCACGACAAGGCGUGGGACAUCUUCGCCACAAUGAAAUUUUUGUCUGCAGAUCACAAACCUGACGCCAAGACAUACACUUGCAUGCUGUCCCUCUGUAAUAAAGAGAAAAACUACGCGAAGGCCAUUGACUUGUUUAAUGAGAUGAUUGACUUGAAGGUUGACCCCACCCCAGAGACCCUCAAUGCACUGGUCAAGACUUUGGCAACCGUGAGUGGCGAUCCUGUUGCCAGUGAGGGAAAAGCCGAGUCUCUACGUUUAUUGGCCUGGAAGUACUUACACCAGAACGAAGAUCUUGUGAAUCUGAGGAGCGGCAAUUUUGAAGAUACUAUACUUGCAAUGAUGUCCUUGUGUGCGUAUGAUGGCGACGCAGGCUUGGCCAGAGCACUGUACUUCAAGUACAUCACCACGAGAUUCAAAUCAAACUUCGAAAGUUGGAGGAUGAGGCAGGGGGACCAUAGUAGUGUUGAUUAUAAAAAAGUUUGGGCUAGUACAUUGAAUCCAUUUCUCUUUAACUAUUUGAUGCUAGCCUACGCCAACUAUUCGCCUGGCAAGCUCCCGCUGCUGUUGGGUUUUGAGCAAGGUGCCGUUACGAGAAGGAAUUUGAUCAAUAACGUUGACUACCUAUACAAAUUUCAGAACGAUGAGGCGGGACCGCGGGCAAAGUUGCCCAUGUUGCCUCUGGCUGAUAUUAGCGAACCUUCCCAAAUCCUUCUAGAGUCCCGUGCUGUGUGGCAAUUUAACCUAGAAUUUGGGGGCCUCUGCGACUUGAGAAUCUCGCCUUUGGGCUCAUCUAAAGUUUUGAAGGAUUUGGCAGCUUCUGCCGAAUCUAUCGAAGACUUUUCGUUCCAAGUCCUGCAUCAAAUUGCACUAUGGAAGACACAAAUUGUCAACCAUAAUGCACUCAACCCCAAGUCCAUCAUGACAUACCUGACCAUUCCUUUGAAACUAGGCGAAAAGAAGGAGUUUUUGUUGCGAAUGUCGGAGUUUUCAUAUGAACAGCAGACGUUCGAACAACACAUCUCGUCACUUUAUAUGAACACAAAGCAGCAGCUGUUGACCGCACGCCCCGGUAGCAGCACUCAUCUGACACACAGUGAAAUCAAAAAGCAGCCCUCUUCUCAAACCUCUUUCAACGAAGAGUCGAGCUUAGCAUUCUUGUCUUCAAUGAAGCACAAGAUUAUAAGGAACUCGAGCAUCUACGAGCUGACCAUGAAGGCUGCCAUAAGAUUUCAAGAUCAAGCUCUGGCAACGAAAGCCUGGGAGAGCCGUGGAUCCUACAGAAAAACUUUGGCCUUCCAAAAUUUACCAGUAGCUGAAAGAACCAAAAAGGAUGCAGCUUUUGCUUCUCUCAUGGUGGACUUUUUCACGCAGCAGCAGAUGUACACAGAUGCUAUGGGCAUAAUCAUGGCAUCGCAAAGGCACAUCAGUUGGAGGUAUCCAAUGGUUAAGCGGCUACACAGGAAACUGGUGGAGCUGGAAGACACGAGGAGCAUAAAAAUACUGAUGGAAAUCGUGAACAAACGAUCCAAAUCAGACAGCAGCGCGGAGGCUGUCACUUCUCUCGGCUAG